UUACCUAACUAAAGAUUUCCAACCCAGUUUUUUGCGGAAGACUCUUCUGAAUGUGUGAGCAAUCGAAAGCAGCUGAAAUUGAAGCCGAAACUGUAGAACUGUUUGAAAUAUUUGACCAGCCUUCACUCCGUUUUCCACAUAUGUCGUCAAGACAUCAAAAUAUUGUCAGUCCAGAAAUGAUAAAGCCCUAUUCAAGCGUUGCAUCGAAGAAAAACUAAAAUAGGAAGAAAGGGGUAAAAUCAAUCAUCAAUCAAUUGAUCAAGGAUAAAUCCUGAAAUAAAUGAGUUGGAAAAACACUCGCUGAAAUAGAUCAGAAAGUUGAAAACGAGAGUUGAAAAAGUGAACAGGAAAGUUUUUGAGGAAAGUUCUAAAGGCAUCGAUGAAAAAGUACCAGUCCAAUCCGUAAGGAAAACAAUUAUUUAUAAUAAUUGAAUAAAGAUGAAAAUAUAAAAAGCGAGCAGAAAAGAGAUAUCGAAAAUGCCACAAUAUAAUAAGGACCCCUUCCAUUGAUGAAACUGAAGACUAAUCAAAGAUGGGAUCUUCGAGUGGCGGUAAAAAGAAAUUUUUGAAUUUAAGAAAUCGACAGCGAGCGAAUAUGAGUUUUGUCAUGUUUGUUAUGUUCUUCGCCGUUUUUGGCAUGAUAGUAUUCACCGAAAUAUUUUUUAUAGACGAAAAAAAUAAAGCAUCAGGAGUAUUAGUCCGACAUGGUUCUUUGGGAUUUCACAACAAAGAUGAUAGAACUGAAUACGAUACCGAUUUUCAGGGGGAUGAUUACAUAUCCAUCCGGGUUGGUCAGGCAAUGAUGGAUAACGCCGAUAUAGGACCUUUUUUACUAGGAAGACCCCUGGUUCACUUAUCAAAUAUGGAUACGUCCCAAUCAAAAUUUUUUGCUGAAGGUCAGCUUCCUUCAUAUCCUGAGAACCUCACCAUAUCAGAUUCUUGGCAAAAUGUCAACGGCAGUAGAUAUAAAUUUUUCGUCUUUUCUGCCUACUAUGACCAAAGACGGAACCAACGAAGCAUCAGAAUAAUUGCGACAACAAGAACAAGAGGACCUGAGCGAGUUUGGUGUAGGUUAUGGUAUAGAUCAAGCGAAGGAAAUUCGACAUUAAAUACCUCUAAAACUGUUCCCGCAAAAAUCAAG